UGGAUUUCUUCUUCCCACAUUCACUUCUGAUCUGAUUCUUUUCCCCACUUUCAGAACAGUAAGAAGGUAGAGAGAGUGAGAGAGAAGAAAGACUGCUACUCAACAAAAAAAGCUAGAAAAACCUCUCCGACACGUAUACACCCAUUUCUAUUCACUGAAGAAGGAUCUUGCAGUUGCAGCCAUGGUUAAGUCAGAGCACAAGAUCAAAACAGAACCACCAUCGAAGGCAAUGCGGUCUAUAUUAUCAGCAUCAUCACCGGCACCAGCAGCAUCAGAUAGCAAGAAGAAGAAGUACAAGGGAGUGAGAAUGAGGAGCUGGGGGUCUUGGGUUUCAGAGAUCAGAGCACCGAACCAGAAAACAAGAAUAUGGUUAGGGUCUUAUUCAACCCCAGAGGCUGCAGCUAGAGCCUAUGAUGCUGCACUUCUGUGCUUAAAAGGUUCCUCUGCUAAUUUUAAUUUCCCUUUAAGCUCUUCACAAUAUAUUCCCGGAGAUGCUGUCAUGUCCCCGAAAUCAAUCCAAAGAGUUGCUGCAGCUGCUGCAAAUAGUUUCAUUGACAAUGCCACCAUUCCCGCUUCUGCAUCUCCAGCUUCAACCUCAUCAUCAUCGUUGGUCUCAUCCCCCUCAAUGGCCUAUUCUCCUUCGGAUCAAGUCGAUGAUGAUGCCUCACUGAUAUCGUCUCUGGAAGCAGCCUACACUACUCGUGAUCAAGCAAAUGAAUCAAUGGCUAUGAAUGUGAUGGAGCCUUGGUACACUUUAGAUGAUCUUCAAUCCCCCAAGUAUGUUGAUCAGAUGUUAAGUGGUGCUUUCUUUGAUGUUGAUUCGUCCCAUCUGCUCGAUGAUCUAUUCGAAGAAAGCGACAUCCGUUUGUGGAGCUUCUGCUGAGAAAAACUCUAGCCGACUCCAAAAAAAAAUUCAAUUCGUUUGUCUUCAGUGGUACAACUUGAAGAUGUUACUGACUGUGACCAAAUUAAAAUUUGUUUACCCUAUGCUACAUAAUAGUUCAUAUUAGAUGAAAUUCAUGUAGAGAUAAGAGUUUUUGGUCUCUCUUAUGUGGAUUUCUAAGAGUUUGAAAUUAUGUAUCAUUGAUUGAUGCAAAGCUUGUAUGUCAAUGUCAUGAAUGGUUUCCCAUGUGUCACAGAAUAAAGGGAGAAUUAAAAAACA